AUGGCGUUUUGCGUGGGGUCACCGGCCACAGGUCCCUGGCCGAGUGGGACAGAGGACAGCCAGGGAGGCUGCCUGGUCCUGCCGGCUGCUGGGACGCAGCCCCACAUCGUGCCCCCACCCCUGGGAGCUCCGGGAGAAGAAGGGGCCUGGCUGCCCUCAGCAGUGCCGACCUUGAGGCCAGACAGCUCCAGAGAGCUGGGCAGGGUCAAUGUCCACCCACACGUGACGCCGUGGGCAGGGACGGGCGGCUGGGACGGGGCUGCUUCCUCGUCGGGUCCAGGCUGGCUGCUGUGCUGUGCCGAGGCCCACCAGGACAGGCAGGCUGACGGCAUGUCUGAGGUGGGAAAGGGCACCCUGACCACCCACGUGCUGAACACGGCCACGGGGCUGCCGGCAGCCGGCCUUGUCAUCCGCCUGGCCCAGCUGCAGGAGCCGGGGCUGCAGUGGACGGAGCUGGCACACAGGCACACGGAUGCGGACGGGCGCUGCCAGCCCCUCCUGGCACCGGGACAGGCCAAGGCUGGCACCUACAAGCUGCACUUUGAGACAGCUGAGUACUGGCAGGGACUGGGGCACACCAGCUUCUACCCCUUUGUGGAGGUCGUCUUCGUCAUCACUGACCCGGCACGGAAGCUCCACGUCCCGCUGCUGAUCAGCCCCUACUCCUACACAACGUACCGGGGCAGUUAG